AUGUCACGACCUAAAUGUGUGACAGUUACACCAAUUAUUUCUAUAUUAGGAUGGUUGUCGUCUAAAAUUGUUUCGGAAAAUCAUGGACACAAAAAAAAUUUUACUGUUACACCGGAUUAUUGA